ACAGCAUAUAGGGACAUCUCCCCUGCGGGUAACAGGCUCAACAAAUCAGUUUGGUAGCUGUCUUGUGUGUCUCAUAUAUGUUUUGUUGGGAAGGUGCAGACGAGAGGUGUUGGGUACUGUUGGUUAGUCGGGCGUUUUGUGUGUGGCACCCUGUUAGUUGUAGGAUAUACAGUCUCCAUCAGUUUACAUACGUGUUUUCAGUUUGGUAUGCAUAUGUGCGGAGUAUGUGCGGCUGAUGUGCGGGCACACGGGAGUGGAAAAUCGCUCAACAGCCUCGGGAUCAUCGGCCGACCACAGGAACGGCAGUUCAAGCGACAGCGGCGGGCUGGCUCCGACGCGACCCGCGCGGAAUUUGCGAUGCAGCAGAUGCUCACCAGCCGCGAAAAACGCUCGAUAGAGCGGGGCAAGGAUGGGUACUGGGGCUACGACCAGUUCGAAGAACAGGUCGAAGACGUGAUGGACGUCUUGGAGCACAUCGAUCCCGACAUGCAAAUAGUGUUCGAGGUCGACCACUCGUCGGGCCAUGGGAAGCAGCGAGAGGAUGGUUUGCAUGUAUCGAACAUGAACGUCAAGUAUGGGGGGAAGCAAAAGGUGUUGCGGGAUUCGGUCAUGACGGAGGAGUGCUUGGGUCCGGAGGAGGCGAAAAUGUAUUUCGCCAACGGCAGGUGGAGCACGAAGUUCAGCGAGGGGGCAGUGUGUGUUGACCAGAAGCUGACGGUGGGCCAGACUCAGACUAGCACUUUCGCGGUAUGUGCGCCUCCUCCGUUUUUCGAAUGGCACGCUCCGCGCAAAGACAAGAAGAACGCGAAGGGGAAGGUCAAGGAAGGGUACGAGGGGAAAGCGAAAGGGGUCAGGCAGUACCUGUGGGAGCGUGGGUGGUGGAAGGACGGCAUGUCAACAGGGGCGGGAGUCAGUGACGAUAUGCACGUGGAAAAGGUUCUGCAAGCCUUGCCUGACUUUAAGAAUGAGAGGACAGCCCUGCAGCACCUGGUAGAGAGUAGGGGACACAUUCUUUUGUCGUCUCCGAAGUGUCACCCGGAGGUAGCGGGGGUAGGGAUCGAGUACUCGUGGGGGUUUUCCAAGCAGAAGUUUCGGCGGAAGAUCAAUGAUGAGGUCCCGAAGCACUUGCACGACAACAUCGAAGAGUCGCUGUGCAUACACAAGUACUUGACAAUCGGUCGGGUGCGGCGCUUUGCCCGGCGAACACGAGACUACUGCCGGGCUUACCGCGAGAUUGCGCUUCGCGGGGUAGUCAUCAGGAACAAGGAGUUCAUCGAGAAGAUGCGCAAGAUCCAAAAGGCCCACCGCAACAUGUUGGACAUGGAAACUAGUUUUCUUGGCUUCCAGUAACAACGUCAGCCGGCCGAUGGCGAGGGGGGGGGGUCUCGAGUUGUGUGUGCGUGUUUUGUUUUUUUCUGCGAGAUAAACGGGUGUGGCGGGGGUGUGUUUAUAUGAGUCGGUUUCAAGCUGUAGUUUGCAUCAUUUUUUUCGGUAAGAUUAACCGGUGCGAGAAGUUGUGUGUGUGUGUUGAUGAGUCUUUCAGUUUGAAUGUUGUUUGUAGAUAAGCGGGUAUUUUUUAACCGCUGUCAAUCAACGAAGUGUUUUUUUUUUUGUACAAGGAAAUGUCAACUUUUGUGCGAUUUGUGCAAAACAUUUGUCAUGCGUUUUUGGAGCGCUUACCUUCAGAUUACAACCUCUUGCAUGUAUGUGUGUCACGUCAUUACGAUCGAUAAGCACCCAUACCUACCUGUCCAACCAAAGGGGUACAGUCAGCAUCUGUGCACCUCUUGCCAUCAGGCCGCUUUCGCGCCCCUUUUCUCGGGCUGUGAGGCCUUCAUUUUCCUACACAAUUUCCGCCCCUGCACCCAGGUAUCGAGGUCAUUACGCAAUUUGCUAUUUCCGAGCCGGUUUCCACGAACUAGAAGCUGAAAUUUUGAUAUGUGAUUGGGAGUGGUCUUACAAAUGCCCCCGAGUCAGGUGCCGUUUUUUUUUUUUUUAAGCAACAAAAACCCGUAUGUUAGGAUUCUC